GCCACUGCAGCAGUGACUAGGAACCUGUACCUCAGAUAAUUCAGGCAUAGAUAAACAUUUGAAAAAGGAUGCUCCUCCAUCUGUAAUUACAGGAAUAUCCACAAUGAUCCCUUCAGCUGCAGCAACCCCUCCCAGUGACGUGCUUUUCCCCAGCCUGUCUUGUCAGGAAUUCUGGAGGUCACAGAUCUCAGGCUAUUCUGGAUCUGUCACUCGCCACAUCAGUCAUCGUGCCAACAACUUUAAAAGACACUCAAAGAGGAGAAAACACAUCCACCCCUCCCCUCCACCACCACCAAAUACACCAUGCCCUAUUGAUCUGAUUGACUUUGGGGAUCUCCACCCUCAGAGAUCUUUCCUAGAACUGUUGUUUAAUGGGUGCAUUCUUUUUGGGAUCGAGUUCAGCUAUGCCAUGGAAACAGCCUAUGUGACUCCUGUGUUGCUUCAGAUGGGGCUGCCGGAUCAGUUGUAUGGAAUGGUGUGGUUUAUCAGCCCAAUACUAGGUUUCCUACUGCAGCCUUUGCUGGGGGCCUGGAGUGACAGAUGCACAUCAAGAUUUGGCAGGAGGCGGCCUUUCAUUCUGGUCCUGGCAAUAGGAGCAUUAUUGGGGCUCUCACUUAUGCUGAAUGGAAGGGAUAUUGGCAGCGCCUUGGCUGACACUGUGAAUAACCAUAAAUGGGGGAUCAUUCUCACAAUCUGUGGGGUUGUCCUAAUGGACUUCAGUGCAGAUUCGGCAGACAAUCCCAGUCAUGCCUACAUGAUGGAUGUGUGUAGCCCAGUGGAUCAAGACAGGGGGCUUAACAUCCAUGCUUUGUUAGCAGGUCUUGGAGGUGGCUUUGGUUAUGUUGUUGGAGGAAUAAAUUGGGAUAAAACCAGUUUUGGAAGAGCUGUGGGAGGGCAGCUCCGUGUCAUCUAUGUCUUCACAGCAAUAAUAUUGACUAUCACUACUGUCUUGACUCUAAUUAGCAUUCCAGAAAGACCACUGCAGUCUUUUAGCAAGAAGAAAAAAGUGAUGAAGAGUCCAAGUCUUCCUCUUCCUCCUUCUCCACCUCUUUUGUUUGAGGAAGGUGUAAAUGAAAAUCUCAGUUUUACAAGUCCAAUUUCCCCUCUCAGCCCACUCACACCUAAGUAUGGCAGUUUUAACAGCAGAGACAACUCCUUGACAGGAAUUAAUGAAUUUGCAUCAUCAUUUGGAACCUCAAAUAUUGACAAUGUACUCAUAGACUGCUUCACAGGAGGGUAUGAUGGCUAUUUAGCAAUCCCAGCUAGCUUGCCCAGACAGGCAAUCAGUGUCAGUUUUCCCAGGGUGCCAGAGGGUUUUUACUGUCAAGAAAAUGGAAUGCUGGACCAAGGGGAGAAUUCUGUAAAUCCAGGGCCAAAUGGAGAUGCACUAAGGGUGGGUUCGCUGGAUGCAAUAAAGCCACGAUCAAUAGGGAUUCUGAAAAGGCCUCAGACCUUGGCCAUUCCAGAUGUUGUCACAGGAUAUUGUCCAGAAAGUAGCAGGAGAAGAAAUGUAACCUUCAGCCAACAGGUUGCUAAUAUUUUGCUGAAUGGUGUGAAGUAUGAGAGUGAGUUGAAUGGACCAGGUGAGAUGUCUGAGCAAUCACUUUCCAUGAAACUUCUUUGUUCAACCAUCUGCCACAUGCCCAAGACUCUGCGUAAUCUCUGCAUCAACCACUUCCUAGGUUGGCUCUCGUUUGAGGGAAUGUUGCUGUUCUACACAGACUUCAUGGGAGAAGUGGUGUUUCAAGGCAAUCCUAAAGCCCCUCACAACUCUGAUGAAUAUCAAAAAUACAAUGCUGGGGUCACCAUGGGCUGUUGGGGAAUGUGUAUCUAUGCAUUCAGUGCUGCAUUCUAUUCAGCCGCACUAGAAAAGCUGGAGGAAUACUUCAGUAUUCGCACCCUGUAUUUCAUAGCAUACCUUGCUUUUGGACUUGGUACAGGCCUGGCUACACUCUCCAGAAAUAUCUAUGUGGUUUUAUCUCUAUGCAUAACUUACGGUAUUCUGUUUUCAACACUCUGCACACUCCCUUAUUCUCUGUUGUGUGAUUACUAUCAGAGUAAAAAGUUCGCAGGAUCGACUCUGGAUGGUACCAAGAGGGGGAUGGGCGUGGAUAUCUCUCUUCUGAGCUGCCAGUAUUUCCUAGCUCAGCUGCUUGUUUCGAUUGUGAUGGGACCCAUAACUGCAGUGGUGGGCAGCGCUAAUGGGGUGAUGUAUUUUGCCAGCCUCGUGUCUUUCAUUGGCUGUUUGUUUUCCUCCCUGUGUGUCACGUAUGAGACCCCCGCCACCGAGGCGGCAGCCGAGGAGCAGCAGCCGUUGGUGCUGAGCGCAUGAGGGCAGGAUCCGCCGGUGGAGGGGCCGGGCCGGGCCAGACCCACUGCUCGCUACAAUAAAAGGAACUCAGACAAGCAGCGCUUGUCCCUCCUGAUUGCUCAGCAGGUGCCACGUGCCCCGCGGGAGGCUGCCUCAGUCCCCGGGGCACUGCCCUCGGCUGCAGGGCAGGAGCAGCAGGGCGCAGCUGUCGCGAUGGAUUAGCGCCUCCUAUUGGGCCACUGCCCGGAUUACUUGCUGGUAGCCAAUGGACUGCGAGAGUGUUGUGACAUCACCUCUGAUUGGCUCUGAGAUUGCGUGCCUUCCCUCAAAGGGGGCAGGGUGCCGGACUUGACUGACUGUAGUGCUCCGUCUGUCUGCUCCGCCCUCCUGUUGUGCUGGUCAGUAGUGGCUGCCCCUGCCCACAGAGGCCAUAUCCAGGCUUUUCUCACAGUGCUCCGCAGGCACCGGUGUCGAAUGAGUCUGCGGGAGCCUGGAGAGCGGGGCUGAGCUGCCACUGGGUCCCUCCGCCUGCCAGGGGCAUGGGGCACCCUGGGCCGUGGGGCAGGGGUGGGUCUUAAGAAUUCAUGCAAAGUCAUGAACAAAGGCUCGGUGGUGCUCCAGGUAUAUGGAGGAUCGCAACAGAAAACCUGUUAUCUUUUAAAAUAACCAAAUAAUUUGCGUUGAAAAACAUGUUGAGUUACCUAGAAGUUUUUCAACUGGUUUGUGACAUGCUCCAACCAAUCCAGUGUUUGAUUCUCUUAGUGUUCAAACCAACAAGCUUUUCAUUACGGCUGGUGGGGAGUGGGGCUAGGAGCCCACUUGCUCUAAAUACUUGCUGUCCCCUGCUCGUUUGUUCUUUGCAGCCACUAUACAACAGUAGGGUUUCUGGCACAGCCACCAAAGGCAAGCCAGAGAGCUACAUGUGAUCAUUUUUCAUGAGCAGAUGUGCUGAAGAAAAGAGCACAUACCUGUCAUAAUAGAUUUCAAUGUGCAUAGAAGUCUAGCCAAAUAUUCCAAAGGCUUCAGGGAAAAGUAACCUGCUCUUACACAGCAACAAUAGAUUAUUUUUUAUGAUAGAAUCAAAGUCUGUACUCUGCGAUGACAUAGCUGUAAGACCAUCUCAAUGUAUUUACAUUAUUUAAGCCAGUUUUGCUCUACCACCAUUAAGGGUCUUCAGUAAAGAGGGCUGCGCAUUCUGCACUAGCUGUGAUUGAGAGAUGCAGAAACUAGGGGUUUGUUAGUGCAACAUGGUGUAUGUGCAACACUUAACAAGCCCUGUCUGCACUUACUGACGUGUACCAUGAUAUUCUCUAUCAGCACCUGAAAGAGGCAAAAGACUAUCAAUAAAUCCCCUGCUACUCCCAGCAACAGAGCAAGGGGCCACCCCAUUGCAACAAGUCCCUGCAAUACUGCAUGGAAUACACCCUGGAGGGGGCUGGGAUCUUGUGAACAGAGCCUCUUGAGCUGGUGGAGACACCGUACAGUAGCCCCAGGCAGAGCGAAAGCUGGGUCUUGCCCAUGUGAUACUCCCCUCCCUGGGGUAAAGACCUUGCCCUGGCUCCAGGCCUCCCUCCCUGCCCUCAGGAGAAGGUAGUUUAUCAAGGCCAUAUGUCCAUAACUCUAGCUUUAAAACUCUAGAGCACGUGGAAGGUGGAGCCCUGACUUAGUUGACAGAGAUGAGAAUCUGAGAGUUGUAGUUUGAAAACCCCAAGGGAAUCAUGGGAGCUUAGUUGCAAGACCUGCCUCACCUCUUCCACCACCCUCUGCCCCAAAUCAGAAGAGAUGUAGAUUCUUACCCUCUCAUAAGCCUUUGCACACCUCUGCCAUCCCCAUUGUCCAAGGGGAUCCUGGGAACUGAAGUUUA